CCCGUCUCAUCCGAACCUGGAAGUUAUUCCGUAGACUCAAUCGGCAUCUCUGCCUUGGAGCCCUACGGUGGUACCAUGGAGGUUGAAAGCUGAGGCACAAAAAUAGCUCUUCCUCUAGCCUUCGGUGGCCCCUAUGCGUGCUUGAUCGUCGGUCACUCUGUACCUAGGAAAUAAAAGAAAUAAGUUCUGCGCCAUGGCGGCAUGGUAAACCGAUUCCGAGGUCAUUUGCGUAAGCUCCUGCGCCAAGUCUACCUAGCAAACCGCCAUGUCGGACACUGCGGAGCCAUUCCCGGCCUGGGUCUAUGAGAACAAGCAAGGCACCGUCGUCGGCCCCGUAGUCUUGUUUAGUGUGCUUGCUAUCGUUGCGGUCAUCCUCCGCUUCAAAUGCCGCUCGCUAGCGCGAGCCAAUAUCGCUCUUGAUGAUUGGCUCAUCUUAGCAGCCUUACCAGUCUCCAUCGCAGAUGCUGUCUGCGUCGCAUACUCGACGAAAGAUGGCGUGGGGAGGCAUCAACAGCUCGUGUCAGAACCCGCUCUCCGAGAGGGCGGCGAGAUAUUCUUCACUAUCCAGAUCCUUUGGGCCAUCUCUAGCUCCCUCGUCAAGCUCUCUAUCCUAUUCCUGUACCAGCGCAUCUUCGGCGUCCUUCGAUACAUCCGGUUCAGCGCGUGGUUCCUAAUUGUCGCGGUCAUCUGCUGGGUGAUCGGCGUAACGAUUGCCCACGGGAUGGAAUGUACACCGAUCGCCAAAUCUUGGGAUGUUUCCUUGCCAGGUCAUUGCUUAGACACCGUGUCACUAUACAUGGUUGGCUCAAUCUCCGACGUCGUGUUGGACUUCUUGAUUCUCAUAUUACCACUACCAGCAAUCGCCAAGCUGCAGAUGCGGAUGUCUAGGAAGAUUGAGCUCGUUGCGAUCUUCGCCCUUGGUGGCCUGUAGGUUCAUCGCAUCGCCUUUUUCAAUAGAUACCUGAACUUAGUGCUAACAUAUGCGCAAUUUCCAGCACGUGUGUCCUCAGCCUAGUCCGUUUCCUCGGGGCCAAGAAAGUAA